GACGUUUUGAUAGGAUAUGGCAAGAUAAUUACUAUGCAGGAGGUCAGUGCGGCCUGCAGCCUGGAUGAUGACAUGGUGGAUGGAGAUCUGGGUGACGGAAUGGGAGUCAGAGCAGCACCGAGCUAUACGAGGAAGAAAAGCCCAAGCUUCGCUGGCAUCACAGAGACCCCGCUGCCCAGAGCAGAGAGGCGCAGCAGCCAGGCAGGAGAGGCAGCCUGGAUCCCUGGACUGAAGACGGCAGAGACGCAGCAGAGAGCCCGCUGGAAGCUGCCAUGUUCUGCAGACUCUCUGGUUGACCUGUCCAAAGAUGAGCUGAAAGACAGACUACAGGAAGCAACUGAGGUUAUAGACGUGUUGUGCUGUGAACUGGAUGUGGCACAUCGUUAUCUUGAAGGCAAAUAUGAAGCUCUGAAAAUCUUACAGGGGAAGGCCAUUCUCGACAAAGCCACGACUCACACCAAAAGUCUGCUGCAGAAAAGUGAGGAGAGGGCCAAGGCUCUGGAGAAGGAGGUGAACAGCUUGCAGUGGGAAAUCAGCCUCAGCCAGGUCCAGAUGAAGAAGUCUCAGCAGGCGUGGGAGGAGAAAUACAACCGAAUUUUGAGUGAGAACAAGACUCUGACUGACAACCUGGAGGAAAGAGAGCGUGACAUCCAGCAGCUCCGAGCAGAAAACUCUGCUCUAAGUCGGCAGUGCUUGGAGCUUCUCUCCAUGUUGAAUGUAAAGGAGCAGAGAGCUUACCAAGGAACCAAACCUCAAUACAGCCCAGAGAGGGAUGCAAGUGUUCUGGAGCUGGCAGUGUUAGGGGCCUGCCGGUGUCUUGGUGUUGCUGAGGCUUGUUCAUGCAGUCAGACUGCUGCUGCCAGCAGGAAGCAGCUUAUCCAGCUACAACAGGAGCUGGAUGCUCAGCGUUUGAGGAGAGAGGAGGCGGUGAUGGUUGCAGAUGCUUUUCGCAUCGCCUUUGAACAACAGCUGAGGAAACGAAACGAGCACUUCCUGCUGUUGGCUGAGGCCAACAUCCUGAAAUCUCAUCACUGCAAGGCUGAAGGUGCUAACAGGAGUCCUCUUAUCAGUGUAAGCCAGAGGUUGAGAGGAUUACUGCCUUCUAGUUUGGAGGUAAAGAUGCCUGAUGAUCUUUUAGAGACUCUCUACAGGCUGCUGGACUUGCUGAAUGACAAGGAGGAAGCCCUGGCCCACCAGAGGAAGGUGAGCAUCAUGUUAGCCCACAGUGCCGAGGAGCUGCAGAGACAGUUGCAUCUAGAUUCAUAUAGCCGGCCAACAGAGUUCAGGAUCCCAUCAAACCAACCACAAGACUCAUCAGGGAACCAGAGCCAGUCUCAGCAAACAUCUGAUACAUCAGAGUCUAAAAUACAACCACAAGUCUCAUCAGAGUCCAACAUCCAAGCACAGCAACAGCUAGAACUGCCAGAUUCCCAGCUUCAGCCAGGACAACCACCACUUCUGUCAGAGUCUAGGACUGAACCACAGGAGCUGUCAGACCCAUCAAAGACCAAGAUCCAGCCACUGUCUAACCACAAGUGCCAUAUAUCUGAAAUUCAACAAUUAGACCAGUCAGAGUCCUGACCCAGCAACAGGAUCCCCUUUCCUCAGGCACAAGACACAGCAGUCAGGAUUCGAUUCUUAAAAAACAUAGGAAGAUGUGGAUGUAGCAUCUGUGAUGUCCCACAGUGGUAUGAAGGAAUGGUAUGAAAGUGUCUCAUAAGGCAGAGUGCCCACUGCUGUCCCAGAAGCUACUGAAGACAGAACACCCAAUGUGGUCCUCAGAGAGGAAUGCAUUCCGGGAUCUUUACAUGUUGAACAUAUUGUGUUAUCACAAGCAGCUUCUCUAAUAAUGAAGCCAGUUAAUAUCUGUAUCCUGCUAGGAAGCUGAUAAGAUCUCCCAACUUUGUUUUUGAUAAACUAAAUAUUGUUCAGUUUUGAUGAUUUCAUGAAAUGUAUGAAAAGUAAACUUAUACAUAAAUGCCUAUAUAACCAAAUUCAAUUGGAAAACUCUGAGCAGCUCAGGUUUGGCAUUUUCACUCAUUUGACAAAUCGUGUUAAUUAUAGUUGAAGAUCAUUAGAUAAUUAUUUUGUAGUCAUAAAAAAGUAAAACUGUUUUCAAUUCAAAAGCAUAAUCAACCAGUUGGUGUAAACAAAACUUAAUUACAACAGAAUUAACACAUAAUCAUCAGCGUGCAAACACUAAUUGAUCAAACUGAAUUAUUAGUGUGGCUGAAAAAUGAUAAUUUGUACUUGGAGGUUCUUCCACAACACGUUCAGAAAAUAAAAUAGUGACACCUGAUGUGUGUUCUUUGACUUGUACACUUCUAUUAUGUAUGUAGUUUACUGUAACAUGCUGUUGCCUAGUGCAGGGGUUCUUAACCUUUCUGGUAGUCCGACCCCUUUUUGAGGUUGAAAAUAUUUCAAGACCCCCCUCCCCCAAGUUUAACAUAGCAUUUUUUAAAUUCUUAUUCUUCUUUGGUCUUUUAUAGCAGUUGGCAUUACGUCACCUACUGGAUUAAACAGUGCAAAAUAUUUACCCAAAGUG